AUGUCUGCUAAGGACAGCGAUGAUGAUGAAGAGGUGGUGCAGGUCGACAGGGACCACUUCAUGGAUGAGUUCUUUGAACAGGUUGAAGAGAUCAGAGGCUGUAUAGAAAAGCUGUCAGAGGAUGUGGAGCAGGUCAAGAAGCAGCACAGCGCCAUCCUGGCCGCACCCAACCCUGACGAAAAGACCAAGCAGGAGUUGGAGGACCUCACAGCUGACAUCAAGAAGACAGCCAAUAAAGUUCGCUCAAAAUUAAAAGCAAUCGAGCAGAGCAUCGAGCAGGAGGAGGGUCUCAACAGAUCAUCAGCGGACCUCAGGAUCCGCAAGACACAGCACUCGACGCUGUCACGUAAGUUUGUGGAGGUGAUGACUGAGUACAACACCACGCAGUCCAAGUACCGUGACCGCUGCAAGGACCGCAUCCAGAGACAGCUGGAGAUCACCGGGAGAACCACCACCAACGAGGAGCUAGAAGACAUGUUGGAGAGUGGCAAACUGGCCAUUUUCACCGAUGAUAUCAAAAUGGACUCUCAGAUGACCAAGCAGGCUCUGAACGAGAUUGAGACCCGACACACCGAGAUCAUCAAGCUGGAAAACAGCAUCCGCGAGCUGCACGACAUGUUUGUCGACAUGGCCAUGCUGGUCGAAAGCCAGGGAGAGAUGAUUGACAGAAUUGAGUACAACGUGGAACACUCCGUCGACUAUGUGGAGCGAGCCGUAUCCGACACCAAGAAGGCCGUCAAAUACCAGAGCCAGGCCCGCAAGAAGAAGAUCAUGAUCAUCAUCUGCUGCGUCAUCCUGGGCGUGGUCCUGGCAUCAACCAUCGGUGGCACGCUGGGCUUCUAAAAACUCCGCCGCCUGCCGCUGUGACGACCGACACCGACCGACCGUCUGACCGCCAGCAGAGAAAAAGAACACCGACGACAACAACAACACAAAAACUUGAAACACAAAUGCAAGACAGAUAACCAAUCAGCUAGGAAGAGAUAAUCCAAUCACAGAUAAGAGGAAACACUGCGGGGUUGGGUGGGGUUCAAAAAACAAAGACAAAAAAAACACAAUAAAAACGCCAUCACAUAAUAGCUGACUUAAAUACAUAACAUAUACAAAAAGAGGGUACAAAUAAACCUACUAUUUAAUACAGAUGUACAUGUAAAUGUAUUGAACAUAUGAAGCAACACAUGGGUUAGCCACCUGUAAAAAAUUAUGACCUAUAAUAUGACAUUUACUUGUUUGUUUGUUUGUUUUGCCUUUUUUUCUUAUUUUUUAACAGUUUCUUUCGUUUUUCGGGAGUCUCCGGACAGCGAUGGUGACUGCUGCUGGGUGCGAGUUCUGCAGGAAGAGCAUUCCAGAGCCAACUUUUAAAUGUUUGUUCCUUUCUUACAUUUGUUUUCUGGAACUGAGCGCAGUCGACUCCGAGAAAGAAUAAUCUUUUCAGCUCCGUCAGAAAAUUCUGGAGCUCAAGAACUCUGCACUACAUUCCGGAACAGGAAGGUUCCGGAGCACAGACAGGAACAGAGUGAGGUUCCGGAAUGCUGUCAGUUGUGGUUCCGGAAUGCCCUCAGUUAAGCUCCGGAAUGCUCUCAGUUGAUGUUCCGGAAUGCUCGCAGUUGAUGUUCCGGAACACAGUCCUGCAGGACGAGCACCCUCUGGCUUUGGUAGAACAAACUUUGUCCCCGUGUUUCUGGGAGGGAGGGACCGACCUCGCUGUUGGCUCAGCCACCUCUUUAGACCACCUCUCAUUGGUUGCUCACUCCUGUCAUUCACCUCAGUCAGCCUAUUAAAUUAGCUUAGACUCGCAAGGCAGACCUGCCACACGCCAUUAAAAAAGAGCGUGACACACCACCCACUGAGCUGUUUUUCUCAGCCACCUGAUUAGUUGGG